AUGUCCAAAGCCCCAACCACCAACGCCCUCACGCGCGCGCCCUCGCGCCCGCUCUACCCGGACGAGAAGGCACUCCAGCGCUCCAAGUCGCGCGCGAGCACGACCACCGAGUUUGACGGGCAGGACCCGCUCGCGCCGUACCCCGGCGGCGACCUGGACGAAGUCGACGAGGAGGACGACGGCCACGGAGUCGCCGUCGCCGACAAGAGCCGGCGCGAGCCUGACCCCGAGAGCGCGAAGACGGAGCUCAAGGAGUCCAACUCGGCCAGCACGGCAGUCGAGGAGCCGGCCGCAAAGGUCGUGUAUGAGAAGGUCAAGCUCAAGGGAUGGUUGAACCUCGUUGGCGCCAUCUUGGCCAACAUGCUUUGUUUUGGCAUGACGCAGUCUUUCGCCACGUUCCAGCAGUACUACUCGAAGAACGAGCUCUCCCACGUCUCAGGGAGCACGAUCUCGUGGAUCGGGGCGAUCCAGUUCGCCUUCUGCCCGAUGUUCGGCUGCGUCUCCGGCCCGCUCUUCGACGCAGGCUACCUGCGGCACCUGAUCCUGAUCUCGGGCUUCCUCUACGUUUUCUGUCUGAUGAUGGCGUCCCUCUCGACGCAGUACUACCAGCUCCUGCUGAGCCACGGGUUCGGCGUCGGCCUCGCGAUGGGCCUCGUCUUCGCGCCCUCGGUCGCGACGCUCUCCCACCACUUUGCGAACACGCGCUUCCGGAUCCUCGCGUACGGGACCCAGGCGAGCGGAAGCGCCGUCGCGGGCAUCUUCUUCCCUGCGAUGCUGAACCACCUGCUACCGCGGUACGGCUUUGCGUGGGCCAUGCGGAUUCUCGGCUUCACCGUCCUCGGCUUCUUCGUCGUCAUCUUCUUCACCCUGUCCACGACCGUGCCGCCGCGCAAGAAGAUCGCCGUGCUGAGCUUCAGCGUGUGUAAGUCAGUACACUCGCUGACGGUCGCCCGCCCAGUCCAAAACAGGGCCUACUGCCUCUACGUCGCCGGCGUGUGCCUCGUCUCGCUCACGCUCUUCAACCCGCUCACCUUUGGCGUGACCUACGCAGUGCACAUGGGCGUGCCGUUCGAGACGGCUUCCUACGCCCCGGCAAUCAACAACGGCGUCAGCAUCAUCGGGCGCAUCAUCCCCUUGAUUGCCGCGCAGAAGGUCGGCCCGAUCAACAUCCUCGGCGUGUUCGCCAUCGGCACCGGCGUGCUCCAGCUGCUCUGGACGCUCGCGAAGAGCACGGCAGGCAUCAUGACCUACGACGCAGUGUAUGGGAUCAUCGCAGGCGGGUACGCCGCCGCGAUCAACCCCGGCGCGGCGAGCUUCGCGCCCCAGACCAACCAGAGCGGCCUGUACCUCGGCAUGUGUUUCUUCAUGUCGUCCUUCUUCUGGCUCGUCGGCACGCCGAUUUCUGCGGCAUUGAUCGACAAGAACCCGACGUACCUCGGCGCAAGCAUGUUCGGCGGCUCGGUAUGUGUGCUCGGUGGCAUUAGCAUCAUGCUGUGUACCAUCUGGCGCAGGCGGCAGCUGGGCACGCCCUGGGUGUAA